AUGAAAGAUGAGAUCCAAGGUGUGUCAUCAAUGAAAGAUGAGAUCCAGGGUGUGUCAUCAAUGAAAGAUGACAUCCAAGAUGCGUCAUCAAUGAAAGAUGAGAUCCAAGGUGUGUCAUCAAUGAAAGAUGAGAUCCAAGGUGUGUCAUCAAUGAAAGAUGAGAUCCAAGGUGUGUCAUCAAUGAAAGAUGAUGUCCAAGAUGUUCCACCAAUGAAAGAUGAGAUCCAAGUAAUGUCAUCAAUGAAAGAUGAUAUCCAAGGUGUGCCAUCAAUGAAAGACGAGAUCCAAGGUGUGUCAUCAAUGAAAGAUGAGAUCCAAGGUAUUUCAUCAAUGAAAGAUGAUAUCCAAGGAGUGCCAUCAAUGAAAGAUGAUAUCCAAGGUGUGCCAUCAAUGAAAGAUGGGAUCCAAGGUGUGUCAUCAAUGAAAGAUGAGAUCCAAGGUGUGUCAUCAACGAAAGAUGAGAUCCAAGACGUGUCAUCAAUAAAAGAUGAAAUCCAAGGUGUCUCAUCAAUGAAAGAUGAUAUUCAAGAUCCAAGAAGUGUCAUCAAUGAAAGAUGA